AAGACAAGCAGCAGACUGGGACUCUGAUACCAGCCAUGUUCAGGAGCCCUCAGCAGACGUCAAGCUGGCGACCGGAGCAGGAAAGAAGGGCAAGAAGGCUGAGGAGGAGGAGCAGCCUGCAGCACCUCCUGCAGCUGCAGCAGUGAAGGAGGAAGAGGAGGAGGAGGAGGAGCAGCAGCCUGCAGCACCUCCUGCAGCAGCAGCAGCAGAGAAGGAGGAGGAGGAUUAUGUGGUGGAGAAGGUUUUGGACCGCAGAGUGGUGAAGGGAAGAGUAGAGUUUCUGCUGAAAUGGAAGGGGUUCUCAGAUGAGGAUAACACAUGGGAGCCUCAAGACAACCUGGACUGCCCCGACCUUAUCACCGAGUACAUGAAGAAACACAAGAAGGAGGAGAAGAAGAAAAAGGAGGGCAAGAGGAAGCGAGGGCGCAAGAGGAAGAUGGAGGAGAAACGGAGAGGAGGAGAGGGACCCAAACGUCAACCCUGUCAAUACUGUGACAAAUACUUCGCAUCUGGAUAUUUAAAGAUUCAUCAGAGGGUUCACACUGGACAGAAUCUACACUGCUGUGAUCAAUGUGGUGCAGCUUUCACACAAAAGAGUCGCCUAAAAACACAUCAACUUAUUCACACUGAAGAAAAGCCUUACAGCUGUGAUCAAUGUGGGGCAGCUUUCACACGACAGUGUACCCUAAUAAUACAUCAACGCAUUCACACUGGAGAAAAGCCUUACCGCUGUGGUCUGUGUGGUAAAACCUUUGCUAGGAGCGAUAGCCUAGAAAUCCACCGACGUAUUCACACUGGAGAGAAGCCGUACUGGUGUGAACAAUGUGGUAAAACGUUUCCUCAGAGGGGUGGCCUAGAAAGCCACAGACGUUCUCACACUGGAGAUAAACCGUACAGCUGUGAACAAUGCGGGGCAGCAUUCGCAUAUUUAAAUAGGUUACAAUCCCACCAACGUGUUCACACUGGAGAGAAGCCUUACAGCUGUGAACAAUGUGGAAAAACGUUUUCUCGGACUGGUGGCCUUAAAAAACACCAGCGUAUUCACACUGGAGAAAAGCCGUACUGGUGUGAACAAUGUGGAAAAACUUUUUCUCAGAGUACUGCGCUUAAAAAACACCAGCGCAUUCACACUGGAGAGAAGCCGUACUGGUGUGAACAAUGUGGUAAAACCUUUGCUCAGAUUGGUAGCCUUACAUAUCACCAGCGCAGUCACACUGGAGAGAAGCCAUACUGGUGUGAACAAUGUGGUAAAACUUUUUCUCACAGUAGUCCCCUUAAAUCUCACCAGCGCAGUCACACUGGAGAGAAGCCGUACUGGUGUGAACAAUGUGGGAAAACUUUUUCUCAAAGUAAUCACCUUAAAAAACACCAGCACGUUCACUCUGCCUCGUUGUGAACAUGUUUCAAAGCCAAUCUUCUGAACAGCAUGUAUGUUAUCCUGGCUACGACUACACAUUACACUCCCUCCCUUUGAAGAGAGGUUUGAGAUUUAUUCCACUCAAAAUUAGUUUAUUUUCCUGUAAUAAAAUAUUCUGAGUUCAGGGUUCAACUGCUAGCGCUUUUUAACUAAUGCUGCAGCGAAGAAGUAUUUGUUGUUCUAAAUCACCUGGUAAAUACAAUUUACAAAAAUCCUCAUCACUAAGGUGAUGUCAAGUUGCUGAAAUAUUCAGUUUUUUGUAACUUAAGACGAAGAAAAGAAGCAAACCUUCAGAACAGACAAGCUUUAAUCAGAACAUGGCUGCUGCUGCUUUAAAAUGACGAACAGUUAAUGGGCCCUAUUUUAACGAUCUAAAACGCAAAUAUCAAAGGUGAAACGCUUUGUGGGCGGAUCUCGGGCACUGUUGCUGUUAUACCGGCGGUAUAGUUUUCGCUGAACCGUCCCUGGGAGCGCAUAUUCAUUCCCCAAUUUACGGAAGUGCAUCUGUGGAAGUAAAAGUCAGCUGUGCGCCCGGUGCAAAAUAGGAUUUAUACAUGCGUCGGUGUACAAAGUGUGCAAUUGCGCUGAGUGCAAGAUAGGUCCUAAUGUGUCUAAACUGCGUCUGUGCCACCGCCAUCUUGGGACAGACAACUGAUCUUAAAGACUCAGAAAAAGAUUGUUGUACUGCUUUUGGAUGUUCAUGUGAAAGAAAUGCUAAAUUAAGCAACAUGGAAUAACAUUUCACGGAUGAAAAA